AUGCUCUACACGCUCGCCGCUUUCAGGUGCAAGAGAAAAAUCCGAGAUCUAAGAACAUACAUGAGGCGAGCCACAGCUGAGGAUCAACUCAGCCUGAUGCACUUGUUUCAGUCACCCUCGCCACAAGCGAAGGCAGCUAUCUCGCGCACGCUGUUCAAGGCUUCGGGCAGCCAGAGGAAGCAAUGCAAGAUCCUGUGUCUGGACGAAGCGCUGUCAGCUGCCCUGUCGAUCCGACCCUCCUCGUCUUUGUGGGAGUGUCAUACGCCGUUUGCGCGGUUUGACAUUUUAUGA